AUGCGUCCCCUCACAGCUUGCCUCCUCGCCAGCCCAGUCCUCGCCUCCCGCCUAUCAACCCUCAUGCUCGACAGCAUCAUCUCCCGCAACCAAGGCAUCACCACCUCCGGCGAAGCAACAAGCACCCUCGAAAUCGGCCUCCUCGGCCAAGCAUUCGAAGCAACCAUUGCGCAGUAUCCAUCCGUCAAAUACACAGACUACCUCACCACCAUCCUGGACCUCGCGUCCGCAAAUCUAACCAACGCCACUGUCGACGCAACCAAGCCGCUCGACCGGUUCUCUCUCGCCACGGCCAUCAACUCCGCAAAAUGCCGUCUCUCAGCGCAAUCACACCAGUCAUUCGCCGCAAUUAAUGCCUCUCUCGCACUGCAGAAGAGAAAUCCCGACGGCGGAUUCUGGUACUACGUCUAUCCGGAAUGGAGCUACGCAGACGGCAUGUUCUCCCUGUUGCCAUUCAUGGCUGCCAUGCCAUACCCAAACAUCACAGACAUGAAGCUACAGAUCAACCUCCUCCGCGACCACUGCACACAGACAAACACCUCGCUCCUCUACCACGGGUACGACUGGUCCCGCAAAGCAGUAUGGGCAGACAAAACCACCGGUGCAAGUCCAUACGUCUGGGGCAGAGCACUCGCCUGGUUUCUCACCGGCCUCGUUCAAACCUGGGACACACUAUCCUGCAAUACCGUCCAGCACGGCGACCUCAUCAACCUAUGCAGCCUCAUCAAGAACAUCACUUUCCAAGUCUCCAGCUCACUCGUCCAGCACGCCGACCCUGCAACCGGUGCGUGGUGGCAAAUCGUCACAUUACCCGGCGUAGGGGCAAACUAUCUCGAGAGCUCGAGCACCGCCCUCUUCACGUUUUCUAUGCUGAAAGCGCUGCGGACGGGGCUGUUGUACGGAGAGCAGCCUGAUUAUAAGGGGACGGCACUGCGUGCGUACAAGUACACCGUGGACAAGUUUGUUACGGAUACGGGGAAUGGGACGGUUGGGUUUGAUAAGACGGUUUCGGUGUGUAGUUUGAAUUCGAGCGCUACGUUUGAGUAUUAUACUACGAGGCCGAUUUUGCAGAAUAGUUUGUUGGGCGAGGCGGCUUUUGUGUUGGCUGCGUUGGAGGCGGAGAGGUUGGAGUAG